CAUGGAUUCCUGGGUCACAUGCGUGGGUUUCCUGUAGCCAGAAGCAGCAGAAGAUGCUUGGACGAGAAAUCCAGAGCCAUUUUCAUUAAAGGAAAAGAAAGGAUUCGCUGUGGAUGGCUUGCUGACUGGGUGGCCUGACUACACCCGUUUGCUGAUUUUGGCUUGUUUCAUCUUAUCGGUUUGAUUAGGCCUUUUUAAAUUCGCAGCAAACCGGUUUUGUCCACAUUCAUAGACUGAUAAUAGGAAUGAGUAUAGAAAUUCCUGAAGGACUGACGGAGCUGUUACAGAGCUUUACCGUGGAAGUUUUGAGGAAUCAGCCCAGGGAUUUGCUCGAGUUUGCAUUACAGUACUUCACCCAGCUGAAGGAAAGCGAGACCAAAGAGGCCUCAUUUGGCAAUGACCAAAAUUCUGCCCCAAGACUGGGAAAAGCGGUCAAUUUCAUUGACGAAGCCAUGCAGAUCGAUUCGGAAAACGGAGAGGAGGAGGAGGACGACGACGAUGACGAGGAAUUCAUAGCCCCGGUAAUGAACAGAUUCAUCAGAAGAGUAUCAGUGUGUGCUGAAGCGUUCAAUCCUGAUGAAGAUGACGAGGAUAAAGAGCCAAGGGUCACCCAUCCAAAAACCGAUGAGCAGAGACAGAGACUACAGCAAGCAUGUUGGGACAUUCUUCUGUUUAAGAAUUUGGAUCCGGAAGAGAUGUCUCAGGUGCUGGAUGCCAUGUUUGAGAAGUUCUGCACUGAAGGGGAGCACAUCAUUGAUCAAGAUGAUGAUGGGGACAACUUUUAUGUUAUUGAAAGUGGGACGUUUAACAUUUUCGUGAAGGUUGAUGGCACAGACAAGCUGGUAGGCUGCUACGACAAUCAAGGCAGCUUUGGAGAACUGGCAUUGAUGUACCACACCCCCAGGGCAGCCACAAUAAUCGCCACCUCGCCUGGAGCCCUUUGGUGCCUAGAUCGUCUGACAUUCAGGAGGAUUAUAGUGAAGAACAAUGCCAAGAAAAGGAGGCUAUAUGAGGCGUUCAUUGAAACGUUACCACUGCUUACAUCAUUAGAGCUCUCCGAGAGAAUGAAGGUAGUGGAUGUAAUAUCCACCAAGGUGUAUAGUGAUUCACAGCAGAUUAUUGCUCAGGGUGAUUUAGCAGAUCGCUUCUACAUUGUUGAGUCUGGCCAAGUUAGAAUCACCAUGAAAAGAAGCAGGACGAAAAAAGACCAGGAGGAUGAGGAGGUGGAUAUCGCCACAUGCUCUAGGGGCCAGUAUUUUGGGGAGUUGGCGCUCGUCACAAACAAGCCCAGAGCUGCAUCAGCCUAUGCUAUGGGAACCGUCAAAUGCUUGGCCAUGGACAUCAAAGCUUUCGAGAGAUUGCUGGGCCCGUGCAUGGACAUCAUGAAGAGAAACAUUGCUAACUAUGAGGAGCAGCUGGUCACCCUGUUUGGAAGUAGCACUGAUAUUGAGCAACAAAGUGCAUCAGACAGCUCCAAUGGACCAUGAAUCGGUGGUUAGAAUAAAUAGAGGCUUGUAUGGAGUUUUUUCCCCCCAUAAUCACUUAAAUGGCUUUUCUUACAACAAAUGUGAAUAUCCACUUCAAUAUUUGUGUGUCAGGUAAAAAACAGGCUACGUCAGAAUCCCAUAUGAGACAGGGUUCAUUUUAACAGUUUGCCACCGAGUGUUAUGACGGAAGUAAAAUAAGCCAAAGCAGAAUUGCUCAACGCUUGUUUGAAUUAGAUUUCUCACGACUCUCACCCUAAAAAUGUAAGCAUAUGUCAGACAUUUUGUUAACCCUCACCUUUUCUCCACAGCAUUAUAUUUACACCUACAGUAUAAUAUUGUUUGUACAUUUGUUAACAUUGUUGGUCAAAAUCAGAUGCCAAAACUAAUUUUUACUGGAUAAGUAUAAGCAAAUAUGUCACAAUCUCUUGUCAUUUUUGGCAAGAGCACUAACACUCGCAGCAUGAGGAAAAGUGCCCCAACGUGAGAAAGGAUUAAAAAUGUGUAAAAUAAGUUAAUUUAAUAACAUAUUUCACAUUUUUAUCACAACAGAAUGUAGACUUGGCAGUACUUUAAUACUUUUACAAAAUGUAUUUAUGUUUAUUAUAAGAUUUAAUCCCUUGAAUACAUGUUCAUAAACUGUAUCAUUGUUGGUAAGUGUGUAUUUGUGGCUGUUAGCCUAAUACUAUGCUUUUGCAAAGAAAAACUUCAGAAAGAUAGCUGAUAGUUUUGUAAGAAUAUACAACACAUUGCUGUACAAUUUAAAACUGAGUAUUUACUGUUAUUAUAUAUGCCCAGCUUUAAUUUAACUAGUUGCCCCACUAGACUGUAGUCAUUAUAGGCAGUGUCUUGAAACAAUUGAUUUUCCUGUGUUUUAAUGUAAAGUUUAAGUCAUAUUGUUUUUGUGUCAGUGAAACAUACAUUAUGAUUAUAAUAUCCAUUAUUGCUGUCUACCUCUGCCAACAACUUAUACUGUUUGGAAACACAUUUUCAAUGUUCCCUCUAAACAGAAAUCUAAAGUGGGUCUUCUCUCUCUCUCUCUCU